AUGGUCAGUUCGUUUGGCAGCGACAUUCACUUCAUUACGCCAAACAUGCACCAUGAAAAUGGACAGGCAGAGCGUUAUUGCCGAACUUUAGUAAACCUUCUUCGUAUCGAAGUUAACCAAAGAGGUCAAAGUUGGUCUGAUGUAUUGUGGAAAACCCAACUUAUUUUAAAUAGUACAAAACACAGUUCAACCAAUAUGUCGCCCUUUCAGUUGCUUAUCGGAAGCGACUCUUCUACCCCAAUUAUACGUGCUCUUGUCAGAGAUGUUGCAAUAGAUAUUGCUACUCCAAACCGUGAAGCGCUUAUGGCGCUGCGAAGACACAGUGUGUCGUCACUACUGUCUACUAACCAGCAAAAACAAGACUAUCGUGUGAAUAAAGUUCGUAGAUCACCUUACGAGUUUGAGGUAAACGACAAGGUAUUUGUGAUUAAGGCUUCGCAGUCAGCGGGGAAAUUAGAUUCUUGGAUGCGCGGACUCUACAAGGUAUUGAAAAGACUUCCACAUCAUCGGUAUAAAUUGGAGCUGUUGGCUGGCUCGUACGGGAAGCGUACAGAAGCUGCAGCUGAAAACAUGGUGCCGUGGGCAGGAGAGUGGACUCCCGAGAUCUGUGCUGCCUUUUUUGAUUCGGAGUCGGAUGACUCGUUCCAUGACACUUCGGAGGAGGCUGAGGCGAGGUCAAACCUCGAACACAUAAAGGUUGCGGACGAGGACGACCGCCUGUCAGGAGAGGCCGUGUUACAAGAUGAUGACUAA